CGAAGAGCAUUGUAGACAUGUCUGGAAGAGGCAAAGGAGGUAAGGGACUCGGGAAAGGAGGAGCUAAGCGUCACCGGAAAGUUUUGCGCGAUAAUAUCCAGGGAAUCACCAAACCCGCCAUCCGUCGUCUCGCUCGCCGCGGUGGUGUCAAGCGUAUCUCUGGUCUGAUCUACGAGGAGACCCGCGGUGUGUUGAAGGUGUUUCUAGAGAACGUUAUCCGUGAUGCUGUAACUUACACUGAGCACGCAAAGAGAAAGACCGUUACCGCCAUGGACGUCGUGUAUGCGCUGAAACGCCAGGGACGCACCCUCUACGGGUUCGGAGGUUAAACGUUUUAAAUCCGAGAACAAAAAAAAAAACGAACAAACCC